UAAGGGUAAUCUCCUUCUCUCACUUUCAUGGUGUUUUUCCCAAAUCAAUUUCACAGAGCCUCCUCCGGCCUCCAACUCAUCUCCUCACUCCUCCACCAUCUCUCAUUCGUUUUCUCCUUGACUCCGCCACCCUCUUUCUCACUCAGUCCGUUCCUGCAUCAUCUUCCUCACUCCGCCACCCUCUUGUACUCGUUGUCUCCCUCACUCAGUCCGUAGCACCUUCUUCUUCUUCCAAUCAAUCCAUUGCUUCCUCCGUCAAGGCAUUCACCAAAACCGAGAGGCUCAGAGCCAGAGCCACCGUCGGGUGCAUCUACCGCAGAUUGGAGAUUAUGGAAAUGGGGUUCACCGACUUAGUCUCAAACAGAUGAGACGUAGUGUUCUCUCAGCAACAGGCAGUGUCUUUGCCAGUCUACCGCAUUCAUUUUGCCGUAGCUCACUGUAGGGGCUGUCGAAUAAGUUAAAAAUCCAGGAAAAUAAUCUAUUUGGAUAUGGAGAAUAGAAGACAGUCUCGGAUGUCGUCAUGUGUACAAGAUAUGUUGAGUUUGGAAGAUAAUGAUAGCAACGCCUUGAUCUUGCAAAGCAAGAAAAAGAACAAAAGGAAGGGCAUGGGGUGUGAUGAAAUCAAGGUAAAUCCCGCUCCAAAAUUGAGCAAAUCCCAAAAAAAGAAGCUGAAGAAGUUGGAGGAAGAGAAGGAAAAAGCACUUUUGCUAUCAAAAAGUCUGGAAACUUUACAGAAAUACACAAUUCCAGAUGGUGCAUAUACUCUUCUAAAAUCAUCUAGAAACAUUGGUCAGGCUGAAACUUUCAAGAAAAAACGUAGGAUGGUAGUUGAAGUUUCCAAAGCUGGCUUCGAAGUUCCGUACAGCGUGCAACCAAUUAGAAGGGAUGAUGACAAUGUUUCUAGUGAGAGUGAACCUGAGUUGGAUGAAACUCAUUCAAAUCAGGAAUUUAGCAGGAGUGAGAUGCAGCCAGCAGUGGUAGAAAAAGGACUCCAGACUAAUAUCAAUGUUUCUUUGAGUUCCCCUCAACAUCCAGUCGACAAUGAUGAGCCUGGUUUGAGCAAUGAACCUGCAGCUGCAGCUGCAGAUUGCGGCAAAAGCGCAAGCUUAAUGGUUGACUUGGCGCAAGGUAGGUCAAUGGAGAGCACAAAAGUGGGUCCUAGUAAUACAAAACCAACUGUAGUGCACGUAUCCAGGCCAGAUGAGGUUGAGCAAAAGAGGAAGGAUCUACCAAUUGUCAUGAUGGAGCAAGAGAUAAUGGAAGCUAUUAAUGACCAUCUAACUGUCAUUAUAUGUGGAGAGACUGGGUGUGGUAAAACAACCCAAGUUCCUCAGUUUCUUUAUGAAGCUGGUUUUGGUUCAAAACAAUAUGUUGCUCAUGGUGGUACUAUUGGUGUUACUCAACCACGUCGUGUUGCUGUUCUUGCCACUGCUAAGCGAGUGGCAUAUGAACUUGGUCUAUCUUUGGGUAAACAGGUUGGGUUUCAAGUGAGGUAUGACAAGAAGAUUGGCCAUAAUUGCUCAAUCAAGUUCAUGACUGAUGGGAUCUUACUGCGAGAACUACAGAAUGAUUUUUUGUUAAGGCAUUACUCAGUCAUCGUUCUGGAUGAGGCUCAUGAGAGAAGCUUGAAUACAGACAUUCUGAUUGGAAUGCUAUCACGUGUCAUUCAAGGCCGUGAGAAAAUAUAUGCACAACAGCAAAAAUUAAUGCUGUCAGGGCAAACUAUAAGUCCUGAAAAUCAGGUUUUUCCAUUAAAAGUUGUGCUGAUGAGUGCUACUUUGCGAGUGGAGGACUUCAUUUCUGGUAAUAGGUUAUUUUGUGUUCCUCCACCUGUGAUUGAAGUUCCUACGAGGCAGUUUCCAGUCACUACACACUUCUCAAAAAGAACAGAGAUUGUGGAUUAUAUUGGCCAAGCAUACAAAAAGGUCUUGGCUAUUCACAAGAGUCUCCCUCAAGGAGGUAUAUUGGUGUUUGUCACUGGGCAGAGAGAAGUAGAGUAUUUGUGCCAAAAGCUACGUAGAGCUUCAAAGGAACUGAUUAUGAAAGCAUCUAAAGAAAAUGUUGAGCCUGGUCUAGCAGACACUGAAAUUAAAUAUAUCGGUGGAAUAAGCAUGGAAGAGAUUAAUGAUGCUUUUGAUACUCGUGGAAAUUCAACACAGGAGCAAACCGAGAUGUUUAGCUUAAAUGAUGGUGAUCAAUGCAAUAUGGAUGAGGAUGAGUUGGAUUUUUCAUAUGAAUCAGAAACAGAUAGUGACUUGGAAUUUGAUGGUGAAAAUGUAAAUUCACUGGGAGAGAAAUUAUCAGAAACUGACUCUACACUUGUAGAUGUACUGGGAGAGAAUGGAAACCUUGAUUCAUUGAAAGCUGCUUUUGAAGCUUUAGCAGGAAAGACUGCAUCAAACACUAAAUCUAAUGGGCAAAAACCUGAAUCUGUUACUCAGGAAGCUUGCUUAGAGCAAUCCAAUCCUAACAAGGUGAACACAAAUGGGGCUGGAAAUGGUUUUUGUGUUGGUGGUCUGCAUGUUCUUCCCCUGUAUGCCAUGUUGCCUGCUGCAGCACAGCUAUGUGUAUUUGAAGAUGUCAAAGAAGGCGAGAGGCUUGUUGUUGUGGCAACUAAUGUAGCUGAAACCUCUUUAACUAUUCCUGGAAUAAAGUAUGUUGUUGAUACAGGAAGAGAGAAAGUGAAAAAUUACAACUCCUCCAGUGGCAUGGAAUCAUAUGAAGUUCAGUGGAUAAGUAAGGCAUCAGCUGCUCAACGUGCAGGAAGAGCUGGAAGAACUGCUCCGGGUCAUUGUUAUCGUUUAUAUUCUUCUGCAGUGUUCAACAAUAUAUUUCAUGAGUUUUCCCUGGCUGAAAUAUUAAAAAUACCUGUUGAUGGUGUUGUCCUUCUCAUGAAAUCCAUGCGUAUUGAUAAGGUUGCCAAUUUUCCAUUCCCAACACCUCCUGAGAAGUCUGCCCUGGUUGAAGCAGAGCGUUGUUUGAAGGUUCUUGAGGCACUUGACAGUGAUGGUAAACUAACAGCUUUAGGAAGGGCCAUGGCUCGUUACCCCAUGAGUCCUCGUCACUCCAGAAUGCUCCUUACCGUCAUUCAGAUAAUAAAGAAGAAGAAAAGUGAUUCUCGUCCAAAUCUAAUUCUAGCCUAUGCAGUUGCAGCAGCUGCAGCUUUGAGCUUGUCAAAUCCCUUUGUUCUACAGUUUGAGGAGAGUCGUACUAAUAAAAGUGACUUAGAGCAGGAACCAAGUUUCGAUGCUUCAGAGAACAACAAAGUUAUAGAUAAUAAGCAAGAAAAAUCGAGGAAGAAGAAACUUAAAGAAACUUGUAAGUUGUCUCGGGAAAAAUUCUCUAAUCCUAGUAGUGAUGCGAUGUCUGUAGCCUAUGCUCUGCAGUGUUUUGAACUUGCUGAAAGCCCAACUGAAUUCUGCGAUGACUAUUGCUUACAUCUCAAAACUAUGGAGGAAAUGUCCAAGUUGAGAAAACAGUUGCUUCGGCUUGUAUUUAAUCAUAGCGGUGAUAGUGAUCUUGAGAAGGAUUUCUCAUGGAUGUACGGAACUUUAGAAGACGUAGAACAAUCCUGGGGCCAGUCAUACAAUAAGCACCCUCUUUCACUGUAUGAGGAAGAGCUCUUGGGUCAAGCCAUAUGUGCUGGUUGGGCAGAUAGAGUUGCCAAACGCUUAAGACUAAGUUCAAAGUCAUUAGAAGGCGAAGAACGAAUUCGUGCAAAUCGGUACCAGUCUUGCAUGGUUAAAGAGUCUGUGUUCCUUCACCGUUGGUCGACUGUCACUAACUCGGCCCCUGAAUUUGUAGUCUACAGUGAACUGCUACAAACAAAACGACCAUACAUGCAUGGAGUGACGAGGGUGAAAUCAGAAUGGCUUGUUGAGUAUGCUCGUUCUCAAUGCACUUUCUCUACACCCUCAGCAGAUACCAAACCUUACUACGAGCCUAGAACUGACCAAGUACUGCAUUAUCUCAUACCAACUUUCGGGCCUCAUUUAUGGGUGCUUUCGCCGUUUAGCUCCCCCAUUACUGACAGUAACCAAAGAUUUUUAGUGUUUGCUUAUGCUUUGCUUGAAGGGCAAGUGUUGCCAUGCUUAAAAUAUGUUCGUAAGUUUAUGGCAGCUCCUCCUAGUAGCAUUCUGAGGCCAGAGGCAUCAGGACAAACAAGAGUGGGGAACUUAAUUACCAAGUUAAAGAAGAGGUUCAUAGAUAGCUGUGCCAUGUUAAGUAAGGUCUGGAUUGAGAAUCCCAGAGAACUACAUUCAGAAAUCAUGGACUGGUUUCAGGACGGUUUUCGUGACAAUUUUGAAGGGCUGUGGUCACAAAUGCUUAGUGAGGUUGUUUUAGAAGCACAAGAACGUUUCCCCACCAAGAAGUCUAAGAAAGCUAAAUUAUUAAAAUGAAAAAAGAUUAAAGAAAGUUCAUGGAAGAGUCAAAAUGUACAGCGUCUUGCUUAGAAAUCUCUAAUCCCCAUUUUGUAGUUCAUUAUUUGGGAGAAGAAAAUUUUCUCUAAAGUCUUCUCCUUUGUGUAUUGGGUAGUCUUGUAAUUCCCUUGCUAUUUUUGAAAAUUGAUGUCUUAUUUCUAUAUUUAUUGGAGUAGGCAAGGAAAUUUUUUCACA